AUGGUUUCAGUUGUUAAGGUAGAUCAUCCAGUAUGGUGUUUGUUCAAAAAAUACAGCGAUCUCUCGAUCAUAAAGACGUCCAAGUUCAGGUUUUCGUCAGAGAAGUUGAGAGUUGUAUCGGCUCUAAAGCACGACCCUGGCCAAAGUGACAAAUCUUUAGUUGUAUCUAGUGCUGGUGAGAAGAAACUUGUUAAGAAGUCUGGAAAAAAAGAACAUCACUUAUGGAAGAAAAGAGAUUCAUCUGGUUCGGGACAGAAGGCAAUGAAUCUUGUUCGCAUUAUCUCUGGAGUUCCAAACGAAAAAGUGGCUGUUUACAGUGCUCUAGAUGAGUGGAUAGCAUGGGAGACUGAAUUUCCAUUAAUAGCUGCAGCAAAGGCUUUAAAGAUUUUGAGGAACAGGAAUCAGUGGAAACGCAUUAUUCAAGUGGGUAAGUGGAUGCUGAGCAAAGGUCAAGGAGCAACAAUGGCAACUUACGACUGCCUUUUGCUGGCAUUUGACAUGGACGGACGAGUGGAUGAGGCCGAGACAUUAUGGGACAUGAUUUUGCAUGCGCAUGAUCGGUCAAUAUCAAAGAGGCUGUUCUCUAGGAUGAUAUCCUUGUGCGACCAUCACAACACACCGGAUAAAGUUAUAGAGGUAUUUGCUGACAUGGAGGAGUUGGGAGUGAAGCCGGACCAAGAUACUAUUGGAAGGAUUGGACGAGCUUUCGAGACGUUGGGUCAAGAGGACAAACGAAGAUUGUUAAUGAUGAAAUACGGAAGUAAAUGGAAAUACAUUUACUUCAAGGGAGAAAGGGUAAAGGUGAAACUUGAUUCUUAA